AUGUUGCCCUCAUCUUGCAGCCGCAUCGUCGUCGUGGCGGCUCUGCUUCUGCUGUGCGGGGGUGCACGAGCCGUAGUCCUGUCGGGAGAGUACUCGCAAACUGACGCGAUACGGUCCCUGCAGUACGCAAACGCGACGUACGCUGACAGCGAUGCCGUCGCGAGUUGGAAUUGCGGAGGCAGCUGCAACGCAAACCCGUCGUUCAAGGUGACAUCGAUUGUGAAGGGCGACGACGCGCACAGUCUGCAUGCCUACGUGGGUGUCGACGAAGGCAGCGCGCAAGUGGUCGUGGCGCUUCGUGGCUCUGCGACGCAGCAGGAACAGCUUAUGCGCCAGCUCGUGGAGCCCGUCCUGUACGACAUCACAUCCGGCUGCGGCCUUGAGUGCCGGGUGCACGCCGGCUUCCAAAGAAGCUACUUGGCCGUCCGCCGCACCAUCCGUGCUGCUGUUGUGCGUGACUUGAUGAUGCAUCCCGACUACAAUGUUCUGGUGACGGGCCACUCCGUUGGCGGAGCGGUGGCGCUGCUGGCAGCGAUAGACGUGCAGGCGCAUGUGAAUCGCAUGUUCUUUGUGUCACGGCCGAUUGUGUCGCUCUACACGUUUGGCAUGCCUCACGUGGGCAACCGAGCCUUUGCGGUGUGGGCAGCUGGCAUGCUCUCGCGGGGCUCCCAUUUUCGCAUCACAAGUCGACACGAUCCCGUGCCCCGGAUGCUCUCCAGCGGCAGUGCGGACUUUCAGCACGUCCCAUAUGAGGUUUACUGCUCCGCUGCUGACGGCACAAACUGCCGCGUGUGCGAGGGCAGCGUCGAUAGUGACGACCCGACAUGCAUCGCGCACACCUCCAAUGUGAAUAUGCGGGACCACUUCUUCUACUUUGGGGAGCGUAUCUCAGGUGGCGCCGCUGGGGACGCCAUGCUGUACCUGUAA